UCACAUGUAUUUUGAUCCUUCCGUACACCUGCACAUCAGCUUCAUUCAGGAAAAAAGGGAUUAAACGGAAGAAACCGUUACCGCAGAAGGCUUACAGGUCAGGGGCCUAUUCUGGCAUAGCGGAGGGUUACAAUGGCUACCAGUGACAGCAAUGCUGCUCGAGUCACCUUCUUGAAUGUGGAAAAACAAGAUGAUGAGGACAAGACACCUAAGAAGCUGGGUAAACUCACUGUGAAAUACAACCGCAAGGAACUGCAGCGCAGAAUUAAACUAGAAGAGUGGAUUGACGCUCGGAUACAGGAACUUUACCAGACCAAGGAGGGCCUGAGGGAUGAAGCUGCAGAGCCAGAGAUUGAUAUAGAUGAUCUUUUGGAUCGUCCAACGGAAGAGCAAAAAUGUAACCUUCAGGACAUCCUUCAAGAAAGUACCAGGCCUGCAGAAGAAUUCACAAAGGAACUGUUAGCGCGAUUGAAAGGACUGCGGAAACUUUCUGCCUUGCAACGCAAAUGAUGACCCCAAGAAACAUUCUUCAGGAACCCAUUGUGAUACUGCCAAGACAAAGCAGUGAUGCUGGAUUCUUGGACUUAUUUUCCAUGGUCAACAUUUCAUUA